UGUAGGCGCUCAUGGCGCCACAACUUGACCGCAAAUCAAUACAUCCAGCUCUUCUUCCAAACUCGCAAUAAUCCUUAGUUUUUUCCCCUCUUCUUUUGACUUUCUUGUUAGUUUGGUUUGUGUACGAUCGAUCAUGUGUAACGAGGAGAAGAAGGAGUCGUCCAUGGGCGCGAAUGCCGUCAGCAUCGCCGCCGGCAUCGCCGGCAUGGGGCUGGCGGUGGCGUCGGCGGCGCUCAUGGCCACGGCGAGCCAGUGCACCGUCUACGCCGCCUACGGCGCGCGCCCGCGCACCGUCACGUACAGCGACUACCCCGCCUUCGUCUACCUGGUGGUGGCGAACGCCAUUGCGGCGUUCCUGGAGGCGAUCGCCGUGUUCCUGAGCGUGUGGAAGAAGGGCAAGGACAAGAGGGCGCGGGUGCUCAUGCCGCUGCUCGGCGCCGCCGUGCCGGCGCUGCUCUACUCGGCGACCGGCGCGGGGUUCGCUGCCGGCAACUACAUGUCCUACUGCUCGGCCUACGGCAAGUGCAUCAGCGUCUGCUCCGGCGCCGGCGGCAGCAACUUCUGCAGCCAGGUGCACCUGUCCGUCUACCUCUCGCUGGCCGCGGCCGUCGCCGUGUCCAUCGCCGAGGUGGUCAGGAGCGUGCCGCUGUCGAUGUCCCUCGGCGGCGGGUCGGACUCGGACUCGAGCUCCAGCUCGGACUCCGGCCAUUGUGGCCAUGGAUGCCAUAGCAAGCAUUAGGUUUCUUUUUUGUUUUGAAAAUUAAGAAUAUUAAUUAUAUUAGCUGGUGUGAUUUAAUUUACCAUUCCGAAUUAAUGCCCGCUUGGUGGCCCAUUUGUAUGCAAAUCAUCAUGGAAAUCUUGUUGGAAUAUUGCAUUGUUGCUAUCUU